CCUGCCACUUUGGGAAGAAAUUGCGAGCAGUGAGACGAGCUUCGGGUCCGAAACGGGAACCCAACGAGCCAAUGAGGCCCCAUAAUUCUGCACAAGUGGUGUGCAGUAUCGUGGGACACAGGCUGCAGAAUUAGAAUCCAGAUUGUGACCUGUGAGCAUGCGUAUGACAACAGAGAAGACAUGUAGAGCAAAAGGCUGACGUUCUGGGCUCCAAAAUCCUCUCUGCAGUGACAAUUAGCUUACAGUCUGCUCUGAGAAGAUGACCUCUGCGACGCCACCCUGUUCUCGUAGCUCAUCUCCACACAAGGUCUGCCACUCCCAGACGCAAACUGAUGUUCUGAAGCCAUUGCUGGGAGGUGGUGCAUCUGCCAGCAGUGCGACCUUGAGGAAGAGGAGGCGCAUACUGUCCAAAGAUGGCCGUAGCAACAUGCGCAUCGGGCAUGUCAGCGGGAGGAAUGCCCUCUAUAUGCGUGACCUUUGGACAACGUUUCUUGAAAUGCCAUGGCGCUACAAGUUCUUCCUGUUCACAGCAACGUUUGCGGGGACCUGGUUUUUGUUCGGGGUUGUGUGGUACCUGGUGGCUUUGGUGCAUGGAGACCUGCUGGAGUUUGAUCCGCCAUCCAACCACACACCCUGUGUGAUGCAGAUGCAGACCCUCACAGCAGCCUUCCUGUUCUCUCUGGAAUCCCAGACCACCAUUGGUUAUGGUUUCCGAUGCAUCACAGAGGAAUGUCCUGCUGCAAUAAUCCUCCUCAUCCUCCAGCUGGUCAUCACCAUGCUAUUGGAAAUCUUCAUCACCGGCACUUUUCUGGCCAAGAUUGCACGGCCAAAGAAGCGAAGUGAGACGGUAAAGUUCAGCCAACAUGCUGUGGUAUCAACCCAAGAAGGCCAACCAUGCCUGAUGAUCAGGGUGGCCAACAUGCGCAAGAGUCUCCUUCUCGGAUGCCAGGUGACCGGGAAACUCUUGCAAACGUCUCUCACAAAGGAAGGCGAAACAGUUCAUAUAGAUCAGAGAAACGUGCCCUUUCAGGUGGACACUUCCAGCGACAGUCCCUUCCUCAUCCUUCCUCUCACCUUCUACCACAUCAUCGAUGACAACAGCCCUUUGAGAGCCUGGGCUGCCAAGGGUGGUGGCUGGACGGAUCCAGAGCUGGCUGACUUUGAACUGCUGGUGAUCAUGAGUGCCACAAUAGAGCCAACUUCUGCCACCUGCCAGGUCCGCACCUCCUACCUGCCAGACGAGAUCCUCUGGGGUUACGAGUUCCCCCCAUUAGUCUCUCUCUCUCAGUCAGGCAAAUAUGUAGCGGACUUUGCCUUCUUUGACAAAGUGGCAAAGACCAAGACGACCCCCAUCUUUAAAUCGUCUAGUUCACAACACGAAUACCAGAGCAACGGAGGUGGACCCAUGUCUGAGGUGACAGACCCAGAGAAGAUCCGUCUGGAGCAGAGCUACAGGGAGCUGCGAGGCGAGGAGCAAACCCGAGUCAGAGAUGGCCAUUUAAGUGUUCGCAUCAGCAACGUAUGAACAGCUACACUGGCUAAAGCUGGAAUAUUUUGUUGCAAAGCAACACUAGAGAUUGUGAAGCUUAGAGUACAUACGUAAGACAUGAAAAAGACUGUUUUGAAUUAUAUGACUCAUGCCAUACAAGUAUGGUACUGAAUUUUGUGAACAAAUAUUUGCUAAAGCUGCCGUCACACCUAACCUCAUUUUGUCACGUAUGAUCUAAAAAAACAUUUUACAAGCGUCUAAUGGGGGAAGAAAAUAGGUGCAUUUCAUUAAGCAACGAGUCCUUCAUCAUUCAGUCCAGUUUGGGCUGAACGAUGUAACAUCUACAGAGUUCUAUUUGUGUAAGGAUAGAGGAACACAUUUUUUGCCAAGUCAUAAUUGUUUUUUCUUUUCCAUACAUAAUGAUGGUCUGACCAUCUUGGGCUUUGAACACUUCUCUCAUUGUCCAGUUUAAGGAAUGUCACUGUCUCACAUUUUCUCCUAUUAUUGAUGACUGUUUAUUACUGUGACAUAGAACAUUUAUAAUGUUUCUUGUAUCUUUCUCGUGACAAAUACUCUUUUAAAACCUUUUACCCAAAAAGACUGAAUGUGGAAAUUGACUGAAAAAGUGCUUCGACAAAGGUUUCAUUUAAGGUUGUGCACACUUUCCUUUUUCAGUAAAAUAAUAACAUAUGUUACUUUAAAAGUGGAAAAAGUUCUGAUAUGAUUUAUCUUGGUGAAAUUUUUAUACGUCACAAAAACCUGGCUUUUUGACAGGGGUGAACAGAAUUUUAGUGUUCACUCUACUUAAAAACACACAUGUUUAAAUGGCAAUGAAAUACAAGGUUUACAGAUACGCUACAGUGUGACAUGGGUGUUAGAUCAUACAUACUUUUACAUGAAAGCAACUGUCUGUGUAUUGAGAUAACAAAACGAUGAUUCACAUAAAAGCCCAUGUACCUGAUGUAUAAUGUAAAGACCUAUUUAAAACGAAGAUAAAGAAAGGUCGGAAACUUAUUCUGGUUUCUUUAGGUGAUUACCAGUACACUAAAUCACACAUUACCUUGUGAGAGACUUACCCAAAAGUAAGACAGUCUAUGUGUGUAUUUUUAAAAACUUGACAAACAGAAGUAAGGGAGACGAGGUGACAAUAAAACACCCACUAAUUUCAAAUAAAGUUUUUCCUCCAGUGUUUAUGUAAAUAUGUGAUAAUAUUGUAGACUUCAGACGUUCUCUUGAGCACACAGGCAGAAAGUCAGAUGACUUUAAGUCAUAUCUAUGGUGACGAAAAAUAGCAGCAGGCUCACAAGACACACCCUCAACUUCCUCCCAAACAUCUAAAAAUGUUACAAUUUCCUGUUGCAAACUAUGCAGUGGAAACUGUGCUCAAGUAAUCUUUCAUAUCAACUUUAGAGUUUCUCAAGAUGCUUUGUGUACUGUAUUAUUAGUGCUGCAUAUAAUUCCUUCAUUACACUAGAAGUAUGAGAGCUGUUUCUGAAUCAAAUGAAAAUUGUAGCACUUUAUUAAUGUACAUGAUGUUUAUUAGCACCUUCAGAAGAUUAGUUGACCAUUGGUAAAACCUUAUUCAAGUCCACUGAAAACACUCGAAAUUUACAUUGAUUGACUUUGAGACAGAUAAUAUUAAUUUAAAAAGAUACUCACAAAAACUGCAGUUUCAAUGUGAGUGAUAUGGGCAAAUCAAGAAAUCAUAUUUGUGCCUUUAACGGUGAAGAAAGUCUGAUUUUUGUAAGAAUUAGACACAACCAGUGCAGUCAAAUGACUUUGGACUUACCAAUUCUGUGAAAUAAAAACAAAAUACCUUUUAUCAAAGCUCCUUCAAUCGAUCAGUCUUUACAUAUAAAAUAUGAAGGUAACUGAACAAAAAAGGGCUGAGACACUGAAAUGUAAACAUUGGAUCUUGGGAAUGACUAAUCAAGCAAAGAUUGCUGUGAGCGAAAUAAGAAGUGGAAAAAAAAAGAGGUGUGUUGUAUUUUUGUUUAGUUAUCUGAAUUGCAGAGGUAAUUCCUUAACAACUGAUCUAAUAAAGCAUAUUAUUACAGAUUGUA